AGCGCAAAGCAAAUUGUGUGGACGUUUUCGGAAACUGCAGUCAGAUGACUUGGAAACCCCAAUCGCUGGUAGAUUUCACGACUCAGGAAGUGCAGUGUUGUUGGAGCAGAAAGAAGACAAGACAGGGAGCGGAGAGAGAGAGAGAGCGAGAGAGAGUGAGCGAGCAAUGACCCGGGGACAGGCUGCGAUGGGACUAUUUCUCUACGGGGCUGUGCUGAUGAUGUCGCUGGCGGUGGGCAGCUCCAAGGGCCACGUUACGGUGGUGCUAGUGGGGGCCACGGGUGACCUGUCCAGGAAGUACCUGUGGCAGGCCUUGUUCCAGCUCUACACCGAACACAGCAGCGAGGAAAGUUUCUGCUUCUACGGGACGACCAGGCUUGAUAAGGCCGAGGCCACUCCCGUGAUAGCCAAGGCCCUCAAAGGCCUGACCUGUCCAGACAACGUGCCCUCUGUCAGGUGCUCGCUCCUCAAGGACCAGUUCACGAAGCUGACCCGUUACCAGCAGCUCGACACCCUGGAGGACUACACGACACUGAGCAAGAGCAUCCGGGACGAGAUGGCUCAGGAGGGGCUAGAGGAAAGCGGGCGCCUCUUUUACCUCUCCGUCCCCGCCUUCGCCUACGCCGACAUCGCAGAGAAGAUCAACGGCACCGCCCGGCCCCCCGCGGGCUCCUGGCUCAGGGUGGUCUUCGAGAAGCCCUUCGGCCACGAUCUGGCCUCAGCCCAGCAGCUGGCCGAGCAGCUGCAGAGGGUCCUGCAGGAGGACGAGAUGUACAGGAUCGACCACUACCUCGGCAAGCAGGCGAUCGGCCACAUCUUGAAGUUCCGACACGAUAACCGGCAGCACUUGGACACCAUCUGGAACCAGCACCACAUCGAGAGGGUGGAGAUAGUCAUGAAAGAGACUGUCGACUCUAAAGGUCGCACAAGCUUCUACGAGCAGUACGGAGUCAUUUGCGACGUCAUUCAGAAUCACCUGACGGAAAUCCUGACCUUCGUGGCCAUGGAGACCCCGGUGAACCUCAGCAGCUCCGAGGAGAUUCACAGGAACAAAAUGAAGGUGUACGGCAGCCUGGGGCAGCUGGGCAGGGAGAGCGCUGUGAUCGCGCAGUACCAGGCAUACAAUUCCGAGGUCCAGGAGGAGCUGGGAAGGCCGGCUCACUCCGUCAGCACCACUCCCACCUUUGCUGGUGUCGCGGUUUACGUGGAGAGCUCGCGGUGGGACGGAGUGCCCUUCAUAUUGACCGCCGGCAAGGCGCUGGACGAGAGGGUGGGCUACACCCGGGUCCUGUUCAAGAAGCAAGCCUUCUGCCUUCAGAGCGAGUCGGUGAGGAGGACCGAAUCGAGCCAGUGUCAGCCCAGGCAGAUCGUCUUCUACGUGGGCCACGGAGACCUGAAUUUCCCGGCUGUCCUGGUCAGCAGGAACCUCUUCGAACCGGCGAUGGACCCGGCGGCCUGGAAGCGGGCGACUGAGCUUCCGGAUGUCCGCCUCUUCGGUCUCCGUCUCUCCGACUUCCACGUCUUCAGGCCGGUGGUGCAGAAGGACGCCUACGCCGUGUUGAUCCCCAACAUCCUGCGGGCCAAACGGGAUUCCUUCGUCAACACCGAGGGCCUGCUGGCCUCCUGGAAGUUCUGGACCCCGCUGCUGGGGGAAAUCUUCGGGGAACAGCCUCGGCUUUACCCCGGUGGGGUGCAGUCCGGCGAGUCGUUGGACUUCGUGGUGGCUGGGAGGGAGGUGUCCUUCAUCACCCCCGAACCCGCCCUGGUCCUUUCCGAUGAGGCUCACCCCGCCGGCCAAGGAGCGAACAGCUACCGGGCCCUGCCGGCGGGUUUCAGGGGAGGAGAGCUGGUGUCGGCCAGGGCGGAGGUGCUCGUCUCCCAGCUGGCCUCUCGGCUGGAGGGGGCGGCCUGGGCCGCCGUGGGAGAAGACUCCACCGGGCGAUUCCACCUGGCCCUGUCAGGGGGCUCGAGCCCGGUGGCUUUGUUCCGCAGGCUGGCCAGGCACCACCCCGACUUCCCCUGGAAACGCACCCACGUUUGGCUGGUGGAUGAGCGCUGUGUUCCCCUGGAUGACCCGGAGUCAAACUUCCGAAGCUUGCACGACCACCUGCUCCAGCGGGUCAGGGUGCCCUAUGUCAACCUGCACCCCAUGCCGGUCCAGCUGAACCAGAGACUGUGCGUGGAGGAGGACGGGGGUCCUGGUCUGUACGCCAAGGACAUCGAGGUAAUGGUCAACGGCACCAGCUUUGACUUUGUGCUGCUGGGUGCGGGCGUGGACGGGCACACAGCCUCGCUUUUCCCCAACAGCCAGGCCUUGGCCUCCGAGAACCAGCUGGUCCUGUUCUCCGAGAGCCCCGUCAAACCCCACCAGAGGAUGACUCUCUCCCUGAGCGUCAUCAACCCCAGACAGGUGGCGGUCUUAAUAACCGGCAAGGGCAAGCGUUCCAUCGUCAGCGAGAUCAACCGGGUGGGGACGGAGCCUCAGAAAUGGCCCAUUACGGGAAUCCAGCCUUCCCAGGGCCAGGUCACCUGGUUCAUUGACUAUGAUGCUCUCCUCGGUUAAGCCGAGAGGUUCAGAUGGAAUCCUUUUGUGGCCUUGAUUUAGGAAUAUUCAGGAAUAUAUUUUUUUCUCUCUCU